CCUGGUUUCCAAGGUAAUGUUGGUUACGAAUAACGGUCGCAAAUACAUGUUCGUGUUAACUCAGAGUGACACCUUUGGGAGUAUCAGAGAGUGACAGGGGUUUCAGCAGGAUCAGGCAGCCAGGGAAGACCAGUCUGACAGGUAGUGUCUGAGGGUGGAUGAGGUGGCAGCAGAACACAGGGUGAUGGUGUAGCACCGGGUGACGGGCUGCCAGGGUGAGGAGGACAGGUGCGGUGCUAGCUGAGUGGAGGAGCGUGGUGCGGGAUGUGGCGCUGGACGACCCACCUGGACGGAGGACCGCGGAGGGUGAACCAUGCUGCCGUCUCCAUGGGACACAAGGUGUACUCUUUCGGAGGGUACUGCUCUGGAGACGACUAUGAGACGCUGAGACAGAUAGAUGUACAUGUCUUCAACACAGUUUCUCUGCGGUGGAUGAAGUUGCCUCCAGUGAGAACAGGUGGUAGGGAACAUGCCAGGGAUGUCCCCUACAUGCGUUACGGUCACACAGCCGUGCUGCUGGACGAUACCAUCUACAUCUGGGGGGGUCGUAACGACACGGAGGGGGCCUGCAACGUCCUCUAUGCCUUCCAUGUCAACAACCACCGGUGGUUCACCCCUAAGAUAUCUGGGACAGUUCCGGGAGCGAGAGAUGGCCACUCAGCCUGCAUCCUGGGGAAGGCCAUGUACAUCUUUGGAGGGUAUGAGCAGCUGGCUGACUGCUUCUCUAAUGACAUUCACAAGCUGGACACUACCACCAUGGCCUGGUCACUAGUCAACGCAAGGGGUACUCCAGCUCGUUGGAGGGACUUCCACUCUGCCACCAUCAUUGGCACUAAGAUGUUUGUGUUUGGAGGCAGAGCAGAUCGCUUCGGUCCGUUCCACUCUAGUAAUGAGAUCUACUGCAACAAGAUAAAGGUGUUUGAUACAGAGACCAACAGCUGGCUGAACACUGCUACUGCUCAGCUCCCACCAGAGGGACGACGUAGCCACUCAGCCUUUUCCUACAACGGGGAGCUGUAUAUAUUUGGGGGCUAUAACGCUCGUCUGGACCGACACUUCAAUGACCUCUGGAAGUUCAACCCAGAGGCGUUCUCAUGGAAGAAGGUGGAGCCGCAGGGUAAAGGUCCGUGCCCCAGGAGGAGACAGUGCUGCUGCUUGGUGGGAGAUCGGAUCAUCCUGUUUGGAGGAACCAGCCCAUGUCCAGAGCAGGGGAUGGGAGAUGAGUUUAACCUCAUGGAUCAUUCAGACAUCUACAUACUAGACUUCAGUCCUAAUCUGAAGACGUUAUGCAAGCUUGCUGUUAUUAACUACAGUCUGGACCAGCAGGGACUACCACACGACAUCAGGUGGGAGCUGAACGCCAUGACGACCAACAGUAACAUCAGUAGACCCAUCUUCUCCUCUCACGGCUAAUCUGGACUGGUACCCUCCCCAGUACCAGAACACCAUGGCUGAACUGAUGCAGAGAUACCACAGUAUCUGAACACCAGGGCUGAACUGACCCAGAGAUACCACAGUAUCUGAACACCAGGGCUGAACUGACCCAGAGAUACCACAGUACCAGAACACCAGGGCUGAACUGACCCAGACAUACCACAGUAUCUGAACUCUACUGUCUGGACUGAUUCCACCAGAACCCUACUGUCUGGACUGAUUCCACCAGAACCCUACUGUCUGGACUGACUCCACCAGAACCCUACUGUCUGGACUGAUUCCACCAGAACCCUACUGUCUGGACUGACUCCACCAGAACCCUACUGUCUGGACUGACUCCACCAGAACCCUACUGUCUGGACUGACUCCACCAAAACCCUACUGUCUGGACUGAUUCCACCAGAACCCUACUGUCUGGACUGACUCCACCAGAACCCUACUGUCUGGACUGAUUCCACCAGAACCCUACUGUCUGGACUGAUUCCACCAGAACCCUACUGUCUGGACUGACUCCACCAGAACCCUACUGUCUGGACUGACUCCACCAGAACCCUACUGUCUGGACUGAUUACACCAGAAUCCUACUGUCUGGACUGAUUCCACCAAAACCCUACUGUCUCUUGCUGUUGGCUAAGUAAAAUCAUUGAUCUCCCAGUUCACCAGAUCUUCUCUAUUUUAGCCCCUGGACACUGACAGGAGGGGUUCUAUUGGUGCUGAAUGCUGUUUUAGUAUCUGGGUUUGUGUUGCUCUAAUACUCACAACUCAAUGAGAAUCACUUUGAUUGUUAACUAGUGUUACAAUGAGCAGAACAUAUUCUCCCUGAUUGUUUUACCAGUAUUAUAAUGAGCAGAACAUAUUCUCCCUGAUUGUUUUACCAGUAUUAUAAUGAGCAGAACAUAUUCUCCCUGAUUGUUUUACCAGUAUUAUAAUGAGCAGAACAUAUUCUCCCUGAUUGUUUUACCAGUAUUAUAAUGAGCAGAACAUAUUCUCCCUGAUUGUUUUACCAUUAUUAUAAUGAGCAGAACAUAUUCUCCCUGAUUGUUUUACCAGUAUUAUAAUGAGCAGAGCAUAUUCUUCACUCAACACUGAUAUUGUUUUUUAAUUGCAAUGAUAAUGCUGCCAUGUUCUUGUUUUCUCUGGUCCGUUCUCUUCUUUCUGACUGAUCAGAUCAGUCUGUAGUGAUUAUCAUGUUUUUAAAGGAGAAAUCCGCCAUUAGAAAAUCAUCUACAGUGGGGCCAAAAAAUAUUUAGUCAGCCACCAAUUGUGCAAGUUCUCCCACUUAAAAAGAUGAGAGAGGCCUGUAAUUUUCAUCAUAGGUACACUUCAACUAUGACAGACAAAAUGCGGGAAAAAAAUCCAGAAAAUCAUCUUUAAUGAAUUUAUUUGCAAAUUAUGGUGAAAAAUAAGUAUUUGGUCAAUAACAAAAAUGUAUCUCAAUACUUUAUGUACCCUUUGUUGGCAAUGACAGAGGUCAAAGUUUUCUGUAAGUCUUCACAAGGUUUUCACACACUGUUGCUGGUAUUUUGGCCCACUCCUCCAUGCAGAUAUCCUCUAGAGCAGUGAUGUUUUGGGGCUGUUGCUGGGCAACACGGACUUUCAACUCCCUCCAAAGAUUUUCUAUGGGGUUGAGAUCUGGAGACUGGCUAGGCCACUCCAGGACCUUGAAAUGCUUCUUACGAAGCCACUCCUUCAUUGCCCGGGCGGUGUGUUUGGGAUCAUUGUCAUGCUGAAAGACCCAGCCACGCUUCAUCUUCAAUGCCCUUGCUGAUGGAAGGUUUUCACUCAAAAUCUCACGAUACAUGGCAUUCAUUCUUUCCUUUACACGGAUCAGUCGUCCUUGUCCCGUUGCAGAAAAACAGCCCCAAAGCAUGAUGUUUACACACCCAUGCUUCACAGUAGGUAUGGUGUUCUUUGGCUGGUUCUAUUUUGGUUUCAUCUGACCAUAUGCCAUUCUCCCAAUCUUCUUCUGGAUUAUCCAAAUGCUCUCUAGCAAACUUCAGACGAGCUGGACAUGUACUGGCUUAAGCAGGGGGACACGUCUGGCACUGCAGGAUUUGAGUCCCUGGCGGUGUAGUGUGUUACUGAUGGUUGGCUUUGUUACUUUGGUCCCAGCUCUCUGUAGGUCAUUCACUAGGUCCCCCCGUGUGGUUCUGGGAUUUUUGCUCACCGCUCUUGUGGUCAUUUUGACCCCACGGGGUGAGAUCUUGCGUGGAGCCCCAGAUCGAGGGAGAUUAUCAGUGGUCUUGUAUGUCUUCCAUUUCCUAAUAAUUGCUCCCACAGUUGAUUUCUUCAAACCAAGCUGCUUACCUAUUGCAGAUUCAGUCUUCCCAGCCUGGUGCAGGUCUACAAUUUUGUUUCUGGUGUCCUUUGACAGCUCUUUGGUCUUGGCCAUAGUGGAGUUUGGAGUGUGACUGUUUGAGGUUGUGGACAGGUGUCUUUUAUACUGAUAACAAGUUCAAACAGGUGCCAUUAAUACAGGUAACGAGUGGACAGAGGAGCCUCUUAAAGAAGAAGUUACAGGUCUGUGAGAGCCAGAAAUCUUGCUUGUUUGUAGGUGACCAAAUACUUAUUUUCCACCAUAAUUUGCAAAUAAAUUAAUUAAAAAUCCUACAAUGUGAUUUUCUGGAUUUUUUUUCUCAUUUUGUCUGUCAUAGUUGAAGUGUACCUAUGAUGAAAAUUACAGGCCUCGCUCAUCUUUUUAAGUGGGAGAACUUGCACAAUUGGUGGCUGACUAAAUACGUUUUUGCCCCACUGUAAGUGGUUACACAGCUCACAUUGGGAAAGUUCCGUUAUUCAUCAGGAGUUCUGUCAUCUCUUCUCUCUGUGGAACAAUUGGACGCCACAAAAAUGUCUUCUACCUGACAGAAUGCCUCCAACUAACCCCCAUAGUUUACUGAGAUGAUCAUCCCAACCCCCAUAGUUUACUGAGAUGAUCCCAACCCCCAUAGUUUACUGAGAUGAUCCCAACCCCCAUAGUUUACUGAGAUGAUCCCAACCCCCAUAGUUUACUGAGAUGAUCCCAACCCCCAUAGUUUACUGAGAUGAUCCCAACCCCCAUAGUUUACUGAGAUGAUCCCAACCACCUAGAACAAGUUAACAAAGAUUAUAUCCAUCUCCUGGUUAGUCAUUUAUACAAAAAUACCAGUUACCUUGCUUGUCUUGCUCUGAUUUUACCUAUACUGGCACAGCAGAGUGUAUAGCUUACCUAUACUGGCACAGCAGAGUAUACAGCUUACCUAUACUGGCACAGCAGAGUAUACAGCUUACCUAUACUGGCACAGCAGAGUGUACAGCUUACCUAUACUGGCACAGCAGAGUAUACAGCUUACCUAUCCUGGCACAGCAGAGUAUACAGCUUACCUAUCCUGGCACAGCAGAGUGUAUAGCUUACCUAUACUGGCACAGCAGAGUGUAUAGCUUACCUAUACUGGCACAGCAGAGUAUACAGCUUACCUAUCCUGGCACAGCAGAGUAUACAGCUUACCUAUACUGGCACAGCAGAGUGUAUAGCUUACCUAUACUGGCACAGCAGAGUAUACAGCUUACCUAUCCUGGCACAGCAGAGUGUAUAGCUUACCUAUCCUGGCACAGCAGAGUGUAUAGCUUACCUAUACUGGCACAGCAGAGUAUACAGCUUACCUAUCCUGGCACAGCAGAGUGUACAGCUUACCUAUACUGGCACAGCAGAGUGUACAGCUUACCUAUACUGGCACAGCAGAGUAUACAGCUUACCUAUACCGGUCACAGCAGAGUAUACAGCUUACCUAUACUGGCACAGCAGAGUAUACAGCUUACCUAUACUGGCACAGCAGAGUAUACAGCUUACCUAUACCGGUCACAGCAGAGUAUACAGCUUACCUAUACUGGCACAGCAGAGUAUACAGCUUACCUAUACUGGCACAGCAGAGUAUACAGCUUACCUAUACCGGUCACAGCAGAGUAUACAGCUUACCUAUACUGGCACAGCAGAGUAUACAGCUUACCUAUACUGGCACAGCAGAGUAUACAGCUUACCUAUACCGCUCCCGUAACCUAGCCAACCGUGAGCAGCUGAUGCCAGCUAGAUGGCUGUGUCCUGUCUGUCUAAUGUACAGUCUACCGGUUCUGUACCCUGUCGGUACAUUCUGAAAGUAUUCAGACCCCUUGACUUUUUUCACAUUUUGCUACGUUGCAGCCUUAUUCUAAAAUGGAUUACAUUGUUGUUUUUUGCCUCAUCAAUCUUCACACAGUACCCCAUUAUGGCAUCACAGUACCCCAUUAUGGCAUCACAGUACCCCAUAAUGACAUCACAAUACCUCAUAAUGACAUCACAAUACUGCAUAAUGGUGAAGCAAAAUAAAACACAUUUACCUAAGUAUUCAGACCCUUUACUCAGUACUUUGUUGAAGCACCUUUGGCAGCGAUUACAGCAUCAACUCUUCUUGGGUAUGAUGCUACAAGCUUGGCACACCUCUAUUUGGGGAUCUGCAGACCCUCUCAAGCUCUGUCAGGUUGGAUGGUGAGUGUCGCUGCACAGCUAUUUUCAGGUCUCUCCAGAGAUUUGAUCAGGUUCAAGUCCAGGCUCUGGCUGGGCCACUCAGGGACAUUCAAAGACUUGUCUCGUAGCCACUCCUGCAUUGUCUUGGCUGUGUGGCUAGGGUUUUUGUCCUGGUAGAAGGUGAACCUUUGCCCCAGUCUGAGGUCCUGAGCGCUCUGGAGCCGGGUUUCAUCAAGGAUCUCUCCAUAGUUUACUCCGUUCAUCUUCACCUCGAUCCUGACUAGUCUCCCAGUCCCUGCCGCUGUAAAACCUCCCCACAGCAUGAUGCUGCCACCACCAUAAGGAUUGUGCCAGUUUUCCUUCAGACGUGACGCUUGGCAUUCACGCCAAAAAGUUCAAUCCUGUUCAACCCUGGUUUCAUCACACCUGUCUUUUGGCAAACUCCAAGCGGGCUGUCAUGUGCCUUUUACUGAGGAGUGGCUUCCAUCUGGCCACUCUACCAUAAAGACCUGAUUGAUGAAGUGUUGCAGAGAUGGUUGUCCUUCUGGAAGGUUCUCCCAUCUCCACAGAGGAACUCUGGAGCUCUGUCAAAGUGACCAUCAGGUUCUUGGUCACAUCCCUGACCAAGACCCUUCUUCCCUGAUUGCUCAGUUUGCCCAGGCGGCCAGCUCUAGGAAGAGUCUUGGUGGUUCCAAACUUUUUCCAUUUAAGAAUGUUGGAGGCCACUGUGUUCUUUGACCUUUUUUUUGGUACCCUUCUCCAGAUCUGUGCCUCGACACAAUCCUGUCUCAAAGCUCUACAGACAAUUACUUCGACCUCAUGGCUUGGUUUUUGCGCUGACUUGCAUUGUCAACUGUGGGACCUUAUAUAUGCCUUUCCAAAUCAUGUCCAAUCAAUUGAAUUUACCACAGGUGAACUCCAAUCAAGUUGUACAAACAUCUCAAAGAUGAUCAAUGGAAACAGGAUGAACCUGAGCUCAAUUUCAAGUCUCAUAGCAAAGGGUCUGAAUACUUUUGUAAAUAAGAUAUUUCUGCAAACAUUUCAGGAUUUUUAUUUAAUCAAUUUUAGAAUAAGGCUGCAACAUAACAAAAUGUGGAAUAAGUCAAGGGGUCUGAAUACUUUCAGAAUGCCCUGUAUAUUAAUAUGGGCUAUGUUCAGCCCUUUAUUGUGUAGCUUAUCAGAGAUAGAUAUAAUAUGGAAAAGAGCAAACAAAGCAAGAUAAAAAUAUAUAAAUUCAGCUGUCCAUUAAUCAGUUGGUGUGUGUCCCGUGGGGUUGAGGCUACGAACCCAUAGGCUUGGCUCUCUCAUACCUUCUGGGAGGGAGGGAGGACAAUGAGCCUGUCAUAGUGGAUGUCCCCAUGUGCUCUGGCAGCUUUCAUGGCUGUGAUCAGUUCUUUCCUCUUCUGGCAAACAGCUUCAGGAUAGUCCUCGUUGAGGAAGAUAUACGUCCCUCUCAUGUUCUUGGCUCUUUCCAGAACAGCUACCUUGUCCUUGAACCUCAGGAACUUGACCACUAUCAGACUGGGUCUGUAACCUGGGCAGGCGGUGGGUUUUCUAGUCCUGUGAACGUGCUCCACCUGAAUCUUCCUGUGGUCCAUCUUCAAUUUCUCAGAGAUCAUUUCCCUCACUUUGUCCUCAGACUCCGUCCAGGUCUCAUGUGGAGAUUCUACAAUUCUGUCCACAACCAUGUUGUUUCCGCCUUAUCCGUCAUUGUUAUCAUGGAUUCACACACAUAACUCAUGUCCUCAAUGACUUACAGGUUGCUUUCAUCUUGCUCUUGUCCUGUUUCAACUCAUCGAGCUGACCCUGGGGGAACUGCAGACUGGUCUUCAGGUCGUCCAAUCUUUUGUUAGUUGAAUCCACCAGUAUUUUGACAAAACACUUGAAGCUGUGUCAGUGUGUUGUGACAACUGCACAUUUUAGAGUGGCCUUUUAUUGUCCCCAGCACAAUGGGCACCUUUGUAAUGAUCAUGCUGUUUAAUCAGCUUCUUGAUAUGCCACACCUGUCAGGUGGAUGGAUUAUCUUGACAAAGGAGAAAUGCUCACUAACAGGGAUGUAAACACAUUUGUGCACAACAUCUGAGAGAAAUAUGUUUUUUGUGCAUAUGGAACAUUUCUGGUAUUUUUUAUUUCAGCUCGUGAAACAUGAGACCAACACUUAAUAUGUUGCGUUAAUGUUUUUGUUCAGUGUAUGUUUGCAUAUAAUGACAAUAAAUUCAAAAAACUAUACUGGUA